GAUAGGAUCAGGUGUAGUGAAAGGGAACUUUGCAAUGUCAGUGUUGUCCUCAAGUAGCUCCUCAUGCUGCUCUGACAGGUCAUGUAAGGACAUGUUGGCACGCAGCCGGCUCGGGAAGCGAACGAGUUCACGGCUCGCUUCAAACUAAAGUAACAACCGCGUUUCUCCCAGGACGAGUCGCGACUAAUAACCCGCGUAUAAUCAAGAAUAUUGUAUGUUUUUGUUUUACGUUUUUUCUGCUAAGUUUACGAAAUUGUGAGAGCACCGAGAGUCGCCGAGGAAUGACGUCAGGACGUAUCACAUUGAAUGAUGACGCCGUUUGAUCAUUAAAAAAAAAAAAAAAAAUCAGCCGUUAAAAAAUACCAGAGAAUUAGGUCAGCAAACUGACACGGCACCAACGGCCACGCUUAUGAAUGUAACCGCCGUGUUUUUGAUUAUGUAACUCUGACAAAGACGCGACCUGGCCACUAAAAUAACCUGCUCCGACGAGGAGAGGAGAUGUCCGGUGUUUCCAGCAUCUGCAGACGGGGGCCGUAGCCGUUAGACCGGUCUGUCUGUCUGUCUGUCUGUCUGCCUCCCACCGCUGGGUUUGGGAGACCCGCAAGCCCAAAUAACGUUCACGCUGCUCCAGUCCCGUCCAGGCUGGGGCUGAAUGGUUAGCCGGGGGAAGGAGAGACACCGACAGAUACCACCAGACAGAACCUGAAGGCUGCUCUGCAGAGACCCAGGAAAUUACUUCUCGCCUCGUCUCGACAGCCUGGUAGCAACACAGUGCACAUUUCAGUAGUUGCAAAAUACUUCAUUCAGAGACUGUAGCAUGUGAAUACAACCACCACACAAGACAUGUGAGCCUCCAAACUUCUGUCCCAGAUCUUUUUUUACCCUGCGCAGAAGUAAACAGAAUUUGGUUUGACAAUGUCGAGCCGCCGGAAGUCGACGACACCUUGCAUGGUGCUGCCCUCUGAUGUGGUCGAGCAGGAAGAGGUGGAGGAGAAGACAGAAAAGACAAAGGAGGAAGAGGCAGAGGAGGAGGAGGGGAAAGUGAAGGAGGGAGCAGAGGAGGGGCCGACUGCAGAGGAGCUGGAUCAGGCUGUAGUGGUUGUCCCCACCCCUCCAGAGACAGAUGAGCCCUGUGUCUCUACUGUAGAAGACAGCGAAGUCAUCGGUCCCUCACUGAAGCGCAGUGCUACAAACCCUCCUGAUGAUCCAGGCAGCGAUCAGCCGACCCAGGAACAACAGUGUGAUACACCCGAGGAGGGAGGAGCAGACACUGUUGCCGCCAUCUCUCUUAGCAAGACCCCGAUAAUGAGGAUGAAGACCAAAUCUGAACCCAAGAGGAUCGCCGUGUCCCUGAAAUCUUCGGACGAGGGCGUGGAGGGUUUUGGAGGGGGCGGCGAAGGAGAGUUGGGAGGAGAGCAGGAGCCCAUCGAAGCUCCUCUUGGGCCGAUGACACCUGUAGAGAUGCUGCUUCACGACUCCAUGAAGCUCGGUGGAGGCGGCUUGCUGGUCAGCCCGCCCUCAGAGCAGCAUAGGAAAUCAUCCACUUUAAACCCAACAGUCCUGCCCGCUGGCCUGGCACAGGUACUUUCUGCUUUCCAGGCCCAGCACACUGCUGCAGCAGCAGCAGCUCAACCCCAGCUACUGAUUCCCCUCAGCAGUAUCCCCUCCUACAGUGCAGCUAUGGACACCAACCCCCUGCUGGGCAGCACAUACAAGAAGUUCCCUUACCCCUCCAUGGCUGAGAUCAGUAGCCUGGCAGCACAGACACAGUUCACAGAGGAGCAGAUCAAGGUGUGGUUCUCAGCCCAGAGGCUGAAGCACGGCGUGAGCUGGACUCCAGAGGAAGUGGAGGAGGCCAGGAGGAAACAGUUUAACGGCACGGUGCACACGGUGCCUCAGACCAUCACUGUCAUACCUGCUCACCAGCUCUCAGCCGCUGCCAACGGCCUGCAGUCCAUUCUUCAGACUUGCCAGAUAGUGGGCCAGCCCGGCCUGGUGUUCACACAGGUCGGCCCAGGGGGAAACCUUCCCGUGACCAGUCCCAUCACUCUGACGGUCGCAGGACUGCCCAGUCAGUCCCAGAGCUCCAGCAGAGUUUCCUGCCAGCCCACCCCAACAAACAGUGAGCUGAAACGGGCCACCACUGUCCAGCCUCCCUCUCUUUCCCCACAGGAGAACUCAGCCCUCAGUGCUGAUACGUUUAGUUUGCGGCCUAAGAAGUCCAAAGAGCAGCUGGCAGAGCUGAAAGCCAGCUACCUGAAAAACCACUUUGUCACUGACGCAGAAAUCGCCCGGCUGAUGAAGCUCACCAACCUGACAAAGGGAGAGAUCAAGAAGUGGUUCAGUGACACCAGGUACAACCAGCGCAACUCCAAGAACAGCCAUGUCAUUGUUUUCCACGACGGAGGGGGCAGAGGAAGUGGCAGCUGUAGUAGCAGCGCUAGCACUACCAUUGUUAUUGACUCAAGCGACGAGACGCCCACAUCUCCCCUCCCUCCACGCACUCCUCCUGUAAAGGAGAAAGAGACGCGGCCCAAAACAUGGAAUCCAUUCCCAGAUUUCACCCUGCAGAAGUUUAAGGAGAAGACUCCGGAGCAGCUGGUUGUGCUGGAGGAAAGUUUUGAGAAGAGCAUUACCCCAUCAGAUGAAGAACUGAGCCGCCUGAGGACAGAGACUAAACUGACGAGGAGGGAGAUAGAUGCCUGGUUCACAGAGAGACGAAAAAUGCCAUCUGUCAGUACCUCCUCCCCGGAUUCUUCAGAGGGAGGAAAGAUGGAGACAGACGGAGGAAAAGCAGGAGAAGGAGGAACAGCCAGCUCUUCUUCUCCUUCUGCCUCCUCAUCUCGUAAAAGUAGUCAAACUCCUCCUGGCAGUCACAGUAAGCAGCUGCCCACCAGCAGCAACAGCAGCAGCAACAAGGACAUCAAAGAUAAGAGUAAAAAGACUCCAGAGCAACUCCAUAUUCUGAAAAGUGCCUUCGUGCGGACCCAGUGGCCCACACCAGAGGAGUACGACCAGCUGGCAGAAGAGAGCAGCCUUCCUCGGUCCUACAUCGUCAGUUGGUUCGGGGACUCUCGGUACUCGUGGAAGAACAGCAACCUGAAAUGGUUCUUCCAGUACCAAAGUGGCAACGUCGAUGGGCCAAAUGGCGGAGGAGGAAGUAAAAUAGGAAGUAGCAGCAGCAGCAGCACUGGCCGGAAAAGACGUGUCCGAAAUCGUGGUUGGGGGCGGUCCCGAACCAGAAAACAGCCAAGAAGGUCUGCCUCGUUCAGUGUUGACGUCGAUAGAGCUCCUCCAUCAAAGAAAUUCAAGAGUGGGAGGGAGAUUCUGAAGGAGUACUACCUGAGGCACCGUUUUCUCAAUGAGCAAGACCUGGAUGAGCUUGUCACCAAGACCAACAUGAGCUAUGAACAGGUGAGGGAGUGGUUUGCCGAGGUCCAGCGACGCUUGGACACAGGGUCAGAUCCCUUCCAGGAGACGACCACAGGAAGGACGGUCGGACACGAAGGAGAAGAAGAGGGAGCGGAGACGCAGGGAGAGGCGUCGACGGCCAAUGACGAGCAGAGCGGCACGGGGAUGGGAGACGAGGAAGACGACGAAGUAGAUGAGGAGGACGAAGGCGAUGACACGGAUGACAGUGAGGUUUGGGAGCCGUCACGUAGCGUCAGGAAAUCCUUGUCAGUUUCUGAAGACUAAUGACUGUGGGAAACGCGGCGAAACAUGACAGAAUGUUACAAGAGAAAUACUGGUAUGAUCAAUGCUGGAAGACAGUUUGCUAAACCACAUCUCUUUGCCGCUGAUUUGCAUGUGCACUCAUUUGCGAGAUGAAUUCACUGUUUUUUUCCGAAUCACAUGAAAUGAGACUAACAGAUGGACUAUUAGCUUUAGCUCACUCUCUUAAUACUUACCUUAUUUCCUGUAAGUAAUGUGUGACAGUUUAGAGGGUCAUGGUUUCAAACAGCAGAAAACUGUACCCAAAAAAUGGUUGUGUAUCCAGACACAUACAUACAUCCUUCUUUAAAAGCAAUUGAAGAAUCCUGGCUGUGGUAAACAAGACAUUUUAGGAGGAGUUUUAAUGCCCACCAUGCCCCUUGUUAAAUUUGCACUCAUUACUUGCUCAAAUGAAGCCAGUUUACAUUUAUGCUGCAUUUCCUUGUGAAAGCGUGUUAUGAGCACAAGUCAAAUUUGAAACCUCUUUCUCCAAUGUGAUGAAUGUUUCACCCCUGGUACCAGACUAACAGCUCACACAGAGAAAAAAAAAAUAGACAGAGACUUUACUGAAUCUGUUGCGUUUACAAAGGUGCUUAAAAAUGUAUCACAGCUAGAUGUCACUCCUGAGCAAGGUCCCCAAUCAAACUAGCAUAUAUCUAUCUGUGGAAUUGGUUGAAUUUUACAUGUUACAGUAUCUUUCUAGCAUUUGUGAAGAUCGCAAGGACUGGAUCUGAAUCAGCAGGUUGUUUGAGCUGAUAUGGAUUGAUAAUGACAAUGAAAGUCAGGCAUUUUAUCUCGAUAUGAGACAAGGUACCUUCAUGCCGAGUCAAUGCCAUGAUUCUUUCAAACAUCACAGGAUGUCUACUCCAGUCUUCCCUUUAUAGUGGCUUGUUGUUUCAUGAGUAUUAUUAGAAUUUUUACCACCCACAGAUUUGAUGGAGAAAUGCCACAAUAUGUGUUUAAUAUGCACUGCUCUUAAUGUUUUGAAACGAAUAGUUCACCUUUUGAUAGAACUUAUCCUGUGUUAUAUUUUGAGUUUUUUUUUGUUGUUUUUUUUAAAGAUUAUUUUUUUGGCCUUUUCAAGCUUUAUUUGAUAGAGACUGCUGAAGAGUGACAGG